AUGACGACUUCACAAGAGCACCGGACACAAGCACACACCUUCAUGCAACAGCAGGUCCAACCCGUCGAUCUGGCACCGCAGGAGACGAGCACCUACAUGAUAUCCACACUGAACUGGAUCUCGCCAUCCAUGGAAUUCGACCUGACCGAGUUUGAUUACAACCCAAUAGCUCCAAGCGAGCAGUAUUGGAGCUCACUCACCGACGUCAAUGGCCUGCCUGGUCAGGCUCUUUCAACGACGCAAAUGAUGAGACCGGUCGACAACCAGUCGCUAUCGACCCCGGGGACUCUUCCAGACUCGAACGACGCUGAAACGCCGGGGACAUCUUAUGUGGACAACAAAGGUGCCAGACAGCCUCGGAACGGCCGGUACGCAAACAGGAUAUUUAGAGAGGCAACUCCCAGCGAUCUUCCACGGUCUCGUCCAGAAUUCCCGGCGAUGGCACCAGAACCAGACGGCUUUAGCUUUAUGUCGGGGCCUAUGCCAAACCUUUCAGCAGAGUAUUCGAACGCAUGGGUCAGACCAUUCAGCCCUGAGGAAUACUAUAUGAUGCGCCAAGCAUUUCGGGAUCACUGCUUGGCACCCACUGGCUUCGUCAACGAUGGGCCUUUUUUCUCGGCUGAGCUCCCGCCACUGUCCGCCUUCACCACGCUUCUCGCGCUUUAUAGACGGCGCUUCGACCCCAAAGUACUUCCAAUGAUCCACCAUGAGCUGGAAAGUGACAUGGUAUCAUCCUGGGUCGUCAAGCUGGCCAUGUCGGCCAUCGGGAGUCAGUAUCUCGACACAGGAGACAUGGAGUUGGCUAUCGCGCUUCACGAAUUUCUUCGGCGAAUCUUGCGAAACCGAGGAGCCAUAUUCUCGAUCGAGCGUCUUACUACGGAGUCGCUUGGCUUUGUUCAGUCGAAAGUCCUCAACUAUAUCGGCAUGGCGUACUGUGGCUCAAGCCGGCUGGAGAGACACAAGUCGACGGCACUCGAGGAUCUUGUUCGCGGAUAUACAUCCUUGUACAAGACUCACCCCGCAGUCCUACGGGACGACGCGGAAUCUCAAGGUCGGCGAGACUGGGUGCUCUCGGAGAGUGCGCGGCGCCUUUGCCAUGCAGUCUGGUUCAUCGAGAACAUGUCUCGGUACCAUUUCAAUGCACAGUCGAGCCUAUUGCUGGACUAUGCCAACAUUGCAUUGUCCUGCAAAGAAGACACCUGGCUGGCGGAAACAGACCAUAUGCAGGCCCCUGUCAAACAACCCACCCUUGAAAAGGCAUUAAGGGUACUAUAUGUGGAGAAGCGACUACUCAAAAAUACCGGAGACUUUGCACGAGUUCUUCUAAUUCAUGGCUUGUAUUGUCAGACGUGGGACGUUGGCACAAUGCUCAGCAGGCCACUACUCCGCUGGACGCCCUCUUCACAAAAAGGAGACGCCGAGUCGCACGAUCUCACCGGCCCAGUCUGGCUACCACAAAUACCCCUCUACAACCAAUGGAGAAACGCAGCAUGUGACUGCUUGGACGUACUCCACUGGAUCGCAAACAGCGACAUCGCCAAGGCCGGGACCGAGAACUCGACCGUUCUGCACCUGCACUUUGCUCGGAUCGUGCUGCUCGCGCCGUACCAGGCCAUACGGACAAUGGCCGACCUGCUGGUCUCGGAGGAUGUCAGAGACGGCGAGGCUGCGGCGAGGUUCCGGGCGGAGUGCCAGCGGGUGCAGAAGUGGAUCGCGGACGACCAGUUCAAGGCGCGCCUCGCGCUCGUGCACUGCGGCAUCCUCUUCUGGCACGUCAGGCGGUACUCCCUGGACGCCUUCUACGAGCCGACCAAGGUGUUCCUGGUGACGCUUGUGGUCUGGGCGUACGGCAGCCUCUGUCCUCCACAGCAGCCGAGCACGUCAUUACGAGGACCCAACAGCAACAACAAUAGUCGCCCGCGCGAGGACGACGACUGGUCAUGCGAUCUCGACGACAUCUCAUCCAUCCGCCUCGAUCGUCCUUGCGAUGACGAGCUCGUGCAACUCUUCAUCAAGCGGGGCAGGUCCAUGACCGCCACAAUCAUGGGGGUCGGCAACAUCACAGCCGCCAGUGGCCCGCUUCGGAUGCUGAAGGAGGGGCGCAAGCUGCUCAGCACCCUGGACAGGUGGCCUAUUCGACAGCGGUACCUGCAAGUGCUCACCCGGCUUAUCGAUUUCUGCAGCCAGAACGCGCGGUGGAUGCAGGCGGGUUCCGGUCUCCAGACCCGCCAACCAGCAUCGUCUUGA